CGUGAAUUAUAGGUACCAAUCAUUCAUCCCAUCUUAGUUUCCCAACAACUGCUACUUCUACUACUACUACUACUAUUACACUACUAUUACUACUCUCUCACUUCUCUUUCUUCUUUCAUAUCCUUUUAUGCUGAACAGAAUUCAUAGACGCCGAAAUCCGUGAUUGAUCGAGUUCUAUAAUACAUGGUUUAUAUUAGCUAGAAGUGAUAAAUUGAGACAUCAAGAUGUCUUACAGCAGAAGGGGGUCUGAUCCGCCACCGCAGAGGCGGAUACUGCGGACUCAGACUGCUGGGAAUUUGGGGGCAGACCCAAUCUUGGACAGUGAAGUGGUGCCUUCCUCACUAGUUGAGAUAGCUCCCAUUCUUCGUGUUGCUAAUGAAGUAGAGGCUAGCAACCCAAGGGUUGCUUAUCUCUGUCGAUUUUAUGCCUUUGAAAAGGCUCAUAGAUUAGAUCCCACAUCUAGCGGCCGUGGUGUUCGACAGUUCAAAACUGCUCUUCUUCAACGUCUAGAAAGGGAAAAUGACACAACAUUGCAAGGAAGAGUUAAGAGUGAUGCUCGGGAAAUGCAAAACUUUUAUCAGCAUUACUACAAAAAGUAUAUUCAAGCGUUACAGAAUGCUGCUGACAAGGACCGUGCCCAACUCACAAAAGCAUACCAAACUGCUGCUGUUUUAUUUGAGGUUUUGAAGGCAGUUAAUCAGACAGAGGCAGUUGAUGUAGCUGAAGAGAUUUUGGAGGCUCAUACUAAGGUAGAGGAAAACAAGCAGUUAUAUGCCCCAUAUAAUAUUCUGCCUCUUGAUCCUGAAAGUGGGAAAGAAGCUAUAAUGAGAUAUCCUGAGAUUCAAGCAGCUGUGUCUGCACUCCGUAAUAUAAGGGGUUUGCCUUGGCCAAAGGGUCAUGGGGACAAGAACAAAUUAAAUCAAGACAUCCUUGACUGGCUUCAGCUUAUGUUUGGUUUCCAGAAAGGUAACGUGGAAAAUCAAAGGGAACACUUGAUUCUUUUGCUCGCCAAUGUACAUAUAAGACAAGUUCCAAGACCUGAUCAACCACCAAAGUUGGAUGAUCGCGCCUUAACAGAAGUGAUGAAGAAACUCUUUAGAAACUACAAAAAGUGGUGCAAGUAUUUGGGUCGCAAAAGUAGCCUUUGGUUACCAACUAUUCAACAGGAGGUGCAACAGCGCAAAUUACUGUACAUGGGUCUAUAUCUUCUUAUAUGGGGUGAAGCUGCAAACUUGAGAUUUAUGCCAGAAUGCCUUUGUUAUAUCUAUCAUCAUAUGGCAUUUGAGUUGUAUGGCAUACUGGCUGGGAGUGUUAGUCAACUUACGGGUGAGCCUGUAAAGCCUGCAUAUGGUGGUGACAAUGAGGCUUUUCUGAUGAAAGUAGUAAAACCAAUAUAUGAUACAAUAGCAAAGGAAGCUUUGAGGAGUAAUACAGGAAAAGCAAAGCAUUCUCAGUGGAGAAAUUAUGAUGAUUUGAAUGAAUAUUUUUGGUCAAUUGAUUGUUUCCGGCUAGGCUGGCCAAUGCGUAUUGACUCUGAAUUCUUCUAUGUAUCUCCACUCCCUGAGAAACGCUCAGCUAACAAAGAUGAGGAAACUGGAAAUAUUGCCAGAGGUCGAUGGAUUGGGAAAACUAAUUUUGUUGAAAUACGCUCAUAUUGGCAUGUGUUUAGAAGUUUUGAUAGAAUGUGGAGCUUUUAUAUACUCUGUUUACAGGCAAUGAUAAUCAUCGCUUGGAAUGGCUCGGGUGAUUUAAGCUCCAUAUUUGAUGGUGAAGUUUUCAAGAAAAUUCUCAGCAUCUUUAUAACUGCUGCAAUAUUGAAACUUGCUCAAGCGAUUCUUGAUGUAGUCCUGAGUUGGAAAGCAAGGAAAGUCAUGUCACUUCAUGUCAAGCUGCGAUAUAUAUGUAAAGUUAUUUCAGCUGCUGCAUGGGUAGUAGUUUUGCCAGUCACUUAUGCUUUUAGUUGGAAAAAUCCAUCUGGUUUCGCACAGACCAUCAAGAAUUGGUUUGGCAAUGGUUCAGGAUCGCCUUCAUUGUUCAUUUUGGCUAUCUUCCUUUAUUUAUCUCCAAAUAUUCUCUCUGCACUGUUAUUCGUGUUCCCAUUCAUUCGCCGUUAUUUGGAGAGGUCUAACAAUGGCAUUGUGAAGCUCAUGAUGUGGUGGUCCCAGCCUCGGUUAUUUGUUGGAAGAGGAAUGCAAGAGGGACCAAUUCAACUCAUGAAGUACACUAUAUUUUGGGUUCUCCUUAUUCUAUCUAAACUAGCAUUUAGUUACUACAUGGAGAUUAAGCCUCUUGUGGGUCCAACAAAGGUCAUCAUGCAGGCCCACGUAUCACUUUAUAAGUGGCAUGAGUUCUUCCCCCAUGCCAAAAGCAAUAUUGGUGUAGUGAUUGCUAUAUGGUCUCCGAUCAUUCUUGUCUACUUUAUGGAUACACAGAUUUGGUAUGCUAUCUUCUCUACAAUAGUAGGAGGCAUAUAUGGUGCAUUUCGCCGUCUUGGAGAGAUACGAACAUUGGAACUCCUGCGGUCUCGUUUUGAAUCAAUUCCGGGUGCUUUUAAUGCUUGCUUGAUUCCUGUGGAGAAAAGUGAGAAAACCAAGAGAAAGAGUCUAUGGGCCACUUUUUUCCGCAAAUUUGAACAGGUCUCUUCCAAUAAAGAAAAGGAGGCUGCAAGGUUUGCACAGUUAUGGAAUAAAAUUAUUACUAGUUUGAGGGAGGAGGACCUGAUUGAUAACAGAAUAAUCAAUUUCAUGCUUAAAUCCAUAUGUACGUCCUUAUAUAUUGAACAGAUCCCAAUAGCAGUGUCGAUGGCCAAAGACAGUUUUGGGAAAGGACAAGAGCUGGAAAAGAGAUUGACUCGGGACAAGUACAUGAAAUCUGCUGUUCUUGAAUGCUAUGCUUCUUUUAGGAAUAUUAUUAACUUCUUGGUUUUAGCAGAACGUGAGAAAUUGGUCAUUAAUAAUAUAUUUGGAAGAGUUGAUGAGCACAUAAACAAUGGAGAUCUUCUGACUGAACUGAAUAUGAGUGCUCUUCCCAGUCUAUAUGAUCGAUUUAUUAAACUGAUUGAAUUAUUGUCAGAUAACAAACAGGAGGACAAGGAUCAGGUUGUGAUUCUUUUGCUUGACAUGCUAGAGAUUGUGACCAGAGACAUAAUGGAAGGAGAAGUUGAGGGUUUGCUAGAUUCAAGCCAUGGUGGGUCUUUUGGAAAGGAUGAAAGGAUGACACCCCUUGAUCAACAAUAUCAGGUUUUUGGUAGACUUGCUUUUCCAGUCAAAACAGAAACUGAAGCUUGGAAAGAGAAAAUAAAAAGGCUUCAUUUAUUGCUCACUGUAAAGGAGUCUGCUAUGGAUGUACCAUCCAACCUGGAUGCUAGGAGGCGUAUAUCUUUCUUCUCUAAUUCAUUGUUUAUGGAUAUGCCACCUGCUCCCAAAGUGCGGAAUAUGCUGUCCUUCUCUGUCUUGACACCAUACUAUGAUGAAGCUGUUCUCUUUUCCAUAGACGAGCUAGAAGAGCCAAAUGAAGAUGGAGUGUCUAUCCUAUUUUACUUGCAAAAGAUAUUUCCAGAUGAAUGGAAAAACUUUCUUGAACGAGUUGAAUGUAAGAGUGAAGAACAAGUCAGAGGAGAGUUAGAAGAAGAACUCCGUUUAUGGGCAUCAUAUAGAGGCCAAACAUUGACCAAAACUGUCCGAGGGAUGAUGUAUAUCCGACAAGCUUUGGAGCUACAGGCUUUUCUUGAUAUGGCAAAAGAUGACGAUCUCAUGAAAGGUUACAAGGCAGCUGAACUAGAGAGUAAGGAAAAUCCACACACUGAGCGAUCGUUGUGGACUCAAUGUCAAUCAUUAGCUGACAUGAAGUUCGCAUAUGUGGUUUCAUGUCAACAAUAUGGUAUUCACAAGCGAUCUGGUGAUCCUAGGGCAAAAGAAAUUUUAAAGCUCAUGACUAAGUACCCAUCUCUUAGAAUUGCUUAUGUUGAUGAGGUUGAAGAGCCUAGCAAAGAUAAAACCAAAAAGAAUGAAAAGGUUUAUUAUUCAGCUCUUGUGAAAGCUGCUUUACCAGCAAAGUCAAUUGGUUCGUCUGAAACAGUUCAAAGUUUAGAUCAGGUAAUCUACAAAAUAAAGCUUCCAGGACCUGCUAUAUUGGGUGAGGGGAAACCAGAGAAUCAGAACCAUGCCAUCAUUUUCACACGUGGGGAAGGCUUGCAAACAAUAGACAUGAAUCAGGAUAAUUAUAUGGAAGAAGCUUUCAAAAUGAGGAAUUUGUUGCAAGAAUUUCUCAAAAACCAUGGUGUGAGACAGCCAACAAUACUUGGGCUUAGGGAACAUAUAUUUACUGGCAGUGUUUCAUCCCUUGCUUGGUUUAUGUCCAAUCAGGAGAAUAGUUUUGUGACAAUUGGGCAAAGAUUGCUGGCAAACCCCCUGAAGGUACGGUUCCAUUAUGGCCAUCCAGAUGUAUUUGAUAGACUUUUCCACCUGACAAGAGGGGGCAUAAGCAAGGCCUCCAAGGUCAUAAACUUGAGCGAAGAUAUAUUUGCAGGUUUCAAUUCUACAUUGCGUGAAGGCAACGUCACUCAUCAUGAGUACAUACAAGUUGGUAAAGGAAGAGACGUGGGUCUCAACCAGAUAUCAAUGUUUGAGGCAAAGAUAGCUAAUGGGAAUGGGGAGCAGACAAUGAGUAGGGACAUAUAUAGGCUUGGGCACCGCUUUGAUUUCUUCCGAAUGUUAUCUUGUUAUUUCACCACUAUUGGCUUCUAUUUCAGUACCCUGGUUACUGUCCUCACCGUUUAUGUAUUCCUUUAUGGCCGCCUCUAUCUUGCCCUUAGUGGACUUGAAGAAGGGCUGAACAAUAAAAGAAUCAUUCGAGAUAACAGAGCCCUUCAAGCAGCUCUUACUUCACAAUCUGUUGUGCAAAUUGGAUUUUUGUUGGCCUUACCUAUGGUGAUGGAAAUUGGUUUGGAGAGGGGCUUUCGUCAAGCAUUAAGUGAAUUUGUACUCAUGCAAAUUCAGUUGGCUCCUGUGUUUUUCACAUUUUCACUUGGAACAAAAACACACUAUUAUGGAAGGACAUUGCUUCAUGGAGGUGCACAGUACCGAGGCACUGGUCGUGGUUUUGUGGUGUUUCAUGCUAAGUUUGCUGAUAACUAUAGACUCUAUUCCCGCAGCCAUUUUGUUAAAGGGAUUGAGUUGAUGAUUCUGCUUGUGGUGUACCAUAUAUUUGGCAAGUCUUACAGAGGCACAGUGACCUAUGUUUUAAUUACCCUAACCAUAUGGUUCAUGGUAGCGACAUGGCUUUUUGCUCCCUUCCUUUUCAACCCCUCAGGCUUUGAGUGGCAAAAGAUAAUUGAUGAUUGGACUGAUUGGCAUAAAUGGAUAAGCAACCGUGGAGGUAUCGGUGUACCACCUGAGAAAAGUUGGGAAUCCUGGUGGGAAAAGGAACAUGAGCAUCUCCACCACUCUGGAAUGCGUGGUAUUAUUACCGAGAUUAUACUAUCUCUUCGCUUUUUCCUAUAUCAAUACGGGCUUGUAUAUCACCUCUCAAUCACUAACACGACUCAAAGUGUUCUGGUUUACGGUUUGUCAUGGUUGAUAAUCUUUGUAAUCUUGGGUCUAAUGAAGGGUGUAUCUGUUGGCAGGCGCCGCCUCAGCGCAGACUUCCAGCUUUUGUUUCGGUUGAUUAAGGGCUCCAUUUUCUUAACAUUCCUUGCCACCUUCAUAAUAUUGAUAGCAGUGGCAAAAAUGACAAUCAAGGACAUAGUAGUCUGCAUUCUAGCUGUAAUGCCAACAGGCUGGGGAUUGCUGCUGAUAGCACAAGCUUGUAAGCCAGCCAUUCAACAUGCUGCUUUUUGGGGUUCUGUCCGGGCGCUUGCUCGUGGAUAUGAAAUAAUAAUGGGUUUGCUUCUCUUCACACCAGUUGCUUUCUUGGCAUGGUUCCCAUUUGUUUCAGAGUUUCAAACAAGAAUGCUCUUCAACCAAGCCUUCAGUCGAGGUCUACAGAUUUCGCGUAUUCUUGGUAGACAAAGAAGGGAUCGGGCUGCCAACAACAAAGAGUGAUUAUAGUUGUACAGAGUUUAAUUUUUAUCAAUAUCAUUGUAAAAAUAUUUACAUAAAUCAAUCACAUGUUAUAUGGUUGUUAUAUGAUUGGUAGGGUAUGACUUCAAAGAUAAGUAUCGUCUAAUGUGAGAAUAGCUAAGUAUAUGAUUUAGAUAGAUGUCUUGCAAUGAUAAGCAUUCAUAGAAAUAGAAUAUAUGUACACUUGUAUCCUCACUGGUAGUUUUGUAAAUGUUGUGUUACAACAUAUUCCCAAAACUUUGUAUAUUGUGUUUUAUUAUGUAUUACAUGUUAUUGAAUUUAUGUAUGCAAAA